AAUUGUGUUGUUUGCGAAUGGGAAAAUGCUGUUAUUUUUAUUAAAAGGCUAAAGACAAUGAACGCAAUGCCGCGUGCCGCGCGCUGUUAGUAAAAUACUAAGGUCUAAACGUAUAAACAAAUUAAAGAAAGUGUUUCUAUGUUAGGUUGCUUUAAUUUGUUGUGACAAGCCACUCGGGUUAAAAUCCAGUUUGAAAAAAUAACAAGCAAUACCAAAAUAAACUACAAAAUACUUUUUGCUUUGCCUUAAAUAAAACUCAUAGUCAAAUAAAGGUUUGUUAGUGUCGCAACUAAAUUCUCUGGCUGGGCAUUCGAAGAAAACAAAGGAAAAUGUGGCGUGGUGUGGCUUCAUAUAUGGGUGCAAAAAGUUUUAAGUGAUUAUGACAAACCUCACACAAUUUCCCAACCAAUUUAAAAGUGAAUGAAUUGUAACAAAAAAAAUCGAUUUAAUUGAGGUUACUGUUUGUUACUGCAACGCCUAACUAGCUGGCGUUUGUUGUUGGGGGUUUGUAUGGGGAAGUAGCCGGAGAUUCGUUUGUCAUCAUCCCCCCCUACCCCACCAAACAAAAGUCAGUGGCAAACGCAAAGGAAAAGUCAAAGCCAAAGCAGGGCAGAAAGGAAAGUCCACAUGUUGUUGUAUUUCUAUAAUAAAACGAGAUGAUGUUGUGUAUUCAGGAAAUAUUUGACUAUGAUUAAGGGCAAGAGUGGAAAGAGUCAUCAUUGAAGUGUUUGAAAGAAGAAUUGAUUGAUAAAAAAAGAAAGAAAUUCAGAAAAAUAAAACUUCCCUAGUGUUGGCUCGCAGGGAGUAUAAAUUUUCCCAGUUUAAGAUACCAAGUGAGUGAUAUAAUAAUGCCCAGCACCGCUUUGUACCGUCCACUUGAGAGCAAUGGCACGAGGCCAUUGCAAACCUCUACUCUUCGAACAUCAUCCUAUGCGGGUAGUAAAGGGCGUUCGUUUUGGCCCAAAACAGCAAGUAGUCGCCGUUUAUUUGUCUGUGCAUUGAUUUUGAUGACCCUAUUGGUCUAUGCGGUCUGGUGUGCUGUGAUAAAUAACUCAGAUGACAGUCGAGGAGGCGGUUAUGGGUCGACAACAGAUUUACUCGAUAACAAAUUGGCAAAUGAAUCUCCAUCGACACUAUGCACAGAGUUGUUCAACGAUACACGACUCUAUAUACAGGACCGGCCACGACAGGAGUGGGCCAAUUUAAGUACCAUCUACUUUGUGACGCCCACAUAUCCAAGGCGAGAACAAGUGCCCGAAUUAACGAGACUGGCGUAUACGCUGAUGCAUGUGCCACGUUUGCAUUGGAUUGUGGCCAAUGAUCACAAUGGCUGCAAUCCUUAUUUGGAUACUUUACUUAAUCGAUUUGGUAUUCCCUAUACACAUUUGGCAAGUCCCAUGCCCCAACGUUACCACAAGGCUGAAUCGAAGCCAAGAGGGGUGGCCAAUAGACGUGCCGCCAUGCAAUGGCUGCGUCAGCAUAACAUUACCACGGGUGUGCUAUACUUUGGCGAUGACGAUAACACGUAUGAUCUCAAGCUUUUCAGCGAGAUACGUGACACCAAGCAUGUGUCCAUGUUUCCUGUAGGCCUAAUUGCCAAUUAUGGCAUUAGUGGGCCUGUGGUGCGUAAGGGUAAAGUCAUAGGAUUUCUGGAUUCAUGGGUGGCAGGCAGACGUUGGCCCGUUGACAUGGCGGGUUUUGCUGUGAGUUUGGCUUAUAUGGCUGAGAGACCCAAUGCCACCAUGCCCUAUAAGCCUGGCUAUGAGGAGGAUUACUUUUUGCGCAGCAUAGGCCUAACGCUGGAGAUGAUAGAGCCCAAGGGCAAUAACUGCACCGAGAUUUUGGUGUGGCAUACACAAACCAAGAAUCAUGAACGUACCAUGGUGAAAUUGAAUCAUGAGUACUUGGAUGAUCGUUCCAAUUUAGGUGCUCUCUUCAAAGCCUUAACGGAUAUGGGUGUAUCGGGGGCUUCAGAUAGUGAAGGUCAAAAAGCCAUCAUUAGCAAAAAUGGCAAAGCUAAGGCCUUGGGUUAUUUCCUUAGCUGAGAUACACUGCAGUUCGAACAGUUUAUACGCAAUCUCUUUUCCGUCUAAUACUGUUCCUAAUCUCUGGAAGGGUGCUUUACCCACAAUUUCUAAUUUAAGGUCCUAUAAUACUCCCUCACCCCCUAAUUCUCUCUAAAUUAAUUUAUUAUUUCUUUCGGUUUCUAAAAAUCAAUCACAAAUUGUAUAAUUUUUCUAUUUAUUUUUAAAAUCUAGCCGCCUUUUUUUUUAAGUCUGUUAAUUUAUUUAAAUUUUGCUUCCUUAAUAGAAUAUAAUUAUUUUCUCUUUGUUAGCUUUUAGUUCUUAUGUUUGUUAAAUAUUUUUUUUAGGUUUAUUAUUUAUUAGUUAGUGCGUUUUUUGCAAAGUUUGUGAUAAUAUUUAGGAUAUACAUAUAUGUGUAUGUUUUUGUAAGCAGAGAACAAUUUUAUGUUGUUGUUAUUAAUUUAGAUUGGUUAGGAUUUUAAGCACUUAGGGCCGUUCAUAUUUGAAGAUUUUUUUUGUUCCAAAAGGUUCCAACAAUGGCACUGGUUUAUUCGAAAGUGUUUUCCAUUGAAAGUUGCACCGAUAAUUAUCGAUAUCUUGCGAUAAUUUCCAAUAACACAUACUAUGUGCUGUAUAGUUUUACAAUAAAACUGGAAACUUUUUGUUUUAUCUCUAUUAAGCUCCGUUCAGGUAUAUUGAAUAGAUUUCCUAUGCAAAGUUACACUGUUUAGUUAUCGAUAUCAUGCGAUAACAUACCAUGCUGUGCGUUGUGUAUGUAUUAAUUAAAUAAAACAAGGUCAAUCAACAAGUUAAUGUUUCUUUUUACGAUAAGUUGAAAAGUCGAUAAAUUAAAAUAUCGAUUACAGUAACUAUUAUAUGGACAAUAGCAAUAGUUCUUGGUACUUUGAAAUUCAAAAUUAGUGUUUCUCCGUUAAAUUUCUAAAUCAGUAGUUUUCACAAGAUUCGGUUUGGGCAAUUUUCCAUAUAGAACUAUGCAGAGCUGGCAAACUAUCGAUAAUAGCAACAUUCGAUAUUUUCGAAAUUUUUAAUAGUAAAUAUCGAUAGUAUCGAUACUAUAGUUUAUUUCCCUUUACCUUUAUUUAAAACGAAACUAAGUAACAAUCAGGAUAUAGGAUAUCACAGACCGAAUAAAAUUAUAGUACAAAAUCGUUGACCAAUCGGAUGAAAAUUGCGCCCUGUUUAGGGGAAAUGUAUCUUAAAGGAUAUAUUCAGAGUUAAAUUUUGCAACAAAUUGAACUCUGCCGAUAGUAUUGAUAGGAAAAAUAUCAAUCGAUGUUCAGACAAUCAAUCGACACGAAAGAAAUAAAACAUUGAUAGUAUCGAUAGUGCCAUCUAUAUUCCAAUGGGAUUAGCUUAUUACAUAAUGUAUAUCGACACCUGAAAUGCAAAACAACCGAUAACACGUUGGAGCGCAUAGCACUCAAAUUAUACCGCGACAACAAUUUCACUGUAAAGUUAUCGAUAACUAUAUAUAUAUAACAUCCCAUAACAUUUACUUUUCAACCCUAACUUCUAAACUAAAGCAGUGUAAUUGAUUUUUGGUGUAAUUUUACAUUGUAUAGUUAUCGAUAUCAUGCGAUAACAUCCGAAAAUUCAUUCUUGUUAUCGUUUGAAAUCCCAAUAUAAACGUACUUUAAAACAUAUCAAACAUUUUAAGUCCAUUUUUAAGGCCUUUUUUUUAGAAUUACACAGUGCAGAUCACCAUUUAUGAUAUCGUUAACUAUCCCGCUCAACUUUGCACUGGAUAAAAUAAAAAAAAAAACACGGCAAUAAUUGGGAAAUAAUUGAAUACGUCUGAUUUAUAGUAGUACUCGAUAGAUAUCGGUAUCUUGCCAUUAAUACAGAUCAAAAGAAGUUUUCUGUUAUCUUAAACCAGAGGUUCUCAUUAGUAUUCACCUCAUUUAUAUUUUAGUACUAAAUUGUGCAAAAUGCGAACUAUCGACUAUUAUGGUAGUUAUCGAAUGCAGGUCGAUAUACAUAUGAUCGUAACAUAAAUUAAAUUUUAAUAAAACUGAAUAUAUGUAUAUUAAGUCUGAUAUUUUUUUAACUAAGUGCAAAUUAGUUAUCGAUAUCGUGCGAUUACUAUCGAUAACAUGCACUUUAAACUGUAGUGCUCUACUUUGUUUAUACUUUUCAAGGUACAAUUGGGUUGCCCAAUAAGUAAUUGCGGAUUUUUCAUAUAGUCGGCGUUGACAAAUUUUUUCACAGCUUGUGACUCUGUAAUUGCAUUCUUUCUUCUGUCAGUUAUCAGCUGUUACUUUUAGCUUGCUUUAGAAAGAAAGUGUAAAAAAAGUAUAUUUGAUUAAAGUUCAUUUUAAGUUUUAUUAAAAAUGCAUUUACUUUCUUUUAAAAAAUCCGCAAUUACUUUUUGGGCAACCCAAUAUAUAGUUCGAAGUAUGAGUUAAUGACUCUUAUCGUAUAAUUAUCGAUAUGACGGUUUAUAAGUAUUUCUGAUUUUAUUAUAUAGAACUAAGGCUAAACUGCCCCAUAAUUACCCACUACCUAAGGAAUGAUUUUUCUAUUAGUUUCAAGUUGUCCGAAAUAGGAUUUAUUAGCCAAUAUAGAAAGAAUGUCGAUAUCUUUCAAGUAGUAAAAUUAUUUAGUAAUAACACCAGAUCGAACUUUAGACGAACUGAAGUUUUUAAUCUGGCUAAUUUUCGAAUACAAAGUUUUUACGCUCGAUAUAUACCGAUAUCUUGCAAUAACAGUCGAUAACACAUAAUUACUAUCUGGAACAUAAAGGACACCUACAGUUACUAGCCUCUAAAACGUAACUUUGGACUACCGCAUGGUUCAAAGUCUGAGUUAUCGGCUCUUAUCGUCUAGAUAUCGAUCAGCUUUGUGAAAGUCUGAGUUAUAGGCUCUUAUCGCCCAAAUAUCGAUAGCGCGUUAGCUGAUAUACUCGUAAAAAUUCAGCUUUGUGAAAUGACUGUGAAAUAGUGUAGUAGUCUCUUAUCAUUCAGCACUUACUAAUGCAGGAGAAGACUUCCUACUGCGCUUUAAAGGAACGUUGGGGGAAAAUAGGAAUAUUUUGAGAAUUUGCACUUCCAUUAUAGACAAUCCAAAAUUAGCACGACCUCGCAUAAACAUCAUACUAUUAAUUUUAGAUAUUGUAGAUCGAAGUUAAUGUCAUAUCAUUAAAUGGCUUAAGAUUUGUUUAUCCUUUUUAUAUGAUUUGUAAGCUGUUACAUGACAAAUUAAAAAUUGAAAAAUAUAAAAUAACGCAAAAAAUGCAUUUUAAUUUAAGGGUUUUAUUUUUGUAAAAGUUCAAAACAAAUUGCUAAACUAUUGUAUUUUGCAUUUCAGGUUACGAUAUAUGUAGGCAUAAAAUAUUCCAAAAUUAACCUAAUUUAAGAAAAUUAGAAUGAUUUACUCUAAAUAAAACAAAACUUUUCUAUUCACACCACCGUGCUACAGCAUAAAUAGUUAUCGAUAACUGUCGAAAACAUCAAUUUUGUACUCCAUUUCCGUGUCUUAUUUAAGUACUAUAUAGUGCAAAUCACGGUAAAUAGUUUCUUAUUGUCUGUUUGCAUGUUAUCGAUUACUUACCAAUGCAACUUUGCAUUGAUACUUUUUCCAGAGCUCUGACUUGCACUGGAUAGGACUAAUAUAAAACACAGCAUAUAAUUCUAAAAUAAAACAAGGCCACUAUCAAUUUUCGCUUAUGUUCUUUUAUACCAGUUACGAAAUAUCAAUAUAAUCGAUAACAAUUUCAAUAGUUACGUUUGUAUGUGUUAUUAGCAGCUAUCGCAUGUUAUAUAAAUAAAUAUUUAUGCAAAAGUUUGGAUAGUGUAAAUACGAGAGUUUUAUUUAAGUUCUAUAGGGAGCUAAUUUAUUGUCAUCGAUUGUUAUCGAAUGAUAUUAAAAACUAUCCAAUUUUACUUUCCACUGGAAAUUUGCUUGCCAGUACAUACCAAUAAACAACAGGUCCAAAAUUCUAGUUGUUGCCGAUAAUAUGCAACAUGUUAUCGAAAACAUUGCCCGUGACACUAAACCCGGAUUUAUGGCCUUUUCGAGAUUUAAGUGCUCAAUCCUGUGUUUUGUUGUAGAUUUUAUCAUAGAAAAAUAAAACCCAUAUUUGGCAGGUUUAAUAUUUAAAUUCCAAAUAAACCCGAUUUCAUGGCUGAGUAAUCGAUAAAAGUACCAAAAUAUGCAACUGUUUUCGAGAAUUGUAUUCAUGUGUACGCCUGUGUAUGCCACUUAAAUCCCUAAAAAUGAAGUGUAAAGGGACAGGAUUUUUUUUUGGAUUUAGUUAAAUCCAGAUCAUCAAUAUUUCAAUGUAAACGUGUUUGAACACUUUAAAAAUGUUAUCGAUUACUAUUUGUAAAGUACAUCAGGCAGUGCAAAUGUAUCUGGCCUAUAUGACGGGCCUUAUUCUGACGUUUAUAUAAAAAUGUGGAUACUUAUACUAUACUCGGCCUAUAAUAGACUUAUUAUCGAUACCAUUUAACUUGUAAUCGAAAGCUUUCAACUGUGCUUACUAUGGUUAAAAUCGAUCUUUAAGCUGAAAGAGCUGUCUAUAAACCGAUCUUGAAAUGUGACUUCUUGAGCCACUAGAGGCCGCAAUUUUUAUCCAAUUUCGCUGAAAUUUUGCAUGGGGUGUUUUUUUAACAAAUGUGGUAAGUAUGGUUGAAAUCGGUUUAUAACCUGAUGUAGCUGUCACAAAAAACUUAUCUGGGGUCUUGACUUCUUUAGCCUCUAGAGCGCGCAAUUCCUAUCCGGUUGGGCUGAAAUGAUGGUUGAAAUCGGUCUAUAACCUCAAGAGGUCGCAAUUCCUAUCUGAUUUCGCUGAAAUCUAGCACGACGUUUUUCGUUAUGGUUUCCAACAACUGUGCUUACUAUGGUUGAAAUCGGUCCAUAACCUGAUGCAGCUGUCAUAUAAACCGAUCUUGAAUCUUUACUUCUUUAGCCACUAGGGCACAAUUGUUAAGAUUUCCAACAACUGUGCCAAAUAUGGUUCAAAUCGGUCCAAAACCAAAUAUAGCUGCCAUAUAAACCGAUCUGGGAUCUUGAUUUCUUGAGCCUAUAGAGGGCGCAAUUAUUAUUCGAUUCGGCUGAAAUUGUGUACAACGGCUUCUCUCAUGACCUUGAACAUACGUGUCAAAUAUGGUCUGAAUCAGUCUAUAGCCUGAUACAGCUCCCAUAUAAACCGAUCUCUCUAAUUUCCUUUUGGAGCCCCUAAAGGGCGCAAUUAUUAUUCGAAUUGGCUGAAAUUUUACACAAUGAUACAGCAUAGCAAUUUUUAUCCAUUUUCCUUUGUUUGCCUAUAAAGAAUGCUUGGAAAAAUACUCGACAAAUGCGAUCCAUGGUGGAGGGUAUAUAAGAUUCGGCCGAACUUUUUCACUUGUUUUGUUACAAUUCAGAGCAAAUCACGCAUCAUGAAUGUUAUCGACACAUAUCGAAAUCAUACAGCAUUAUACCGAUAAGUGUUAAUACAGUAAAUCAGGUAGUGUAAAUGUACCUGGUUUAUUUUAGUAUUAUUUAGAGCAAAUCAUGCAUCAUUGGUUGUUAUUGAAUAAUAUCGAUAACUGUACUAUUAAACUUUGCGCUGAAUGUCUAUUGAGUAACAUUGAAUAGAGCGAAAGUUAAACACGAAAUCGAGGACAAUAUAACACUUACUCUGGUAUUUUUAAAAAGAGGACACAUAUGUGACAACUGGCCUAUAUUCAUAUAUAUAGAUUUGCUGUUAUCGAUAACAUUUAAAAUUCGAUAACUUUUUUUUACAAUACAUUGGAUAAUGUAAAUGGAGCUGUUUAAUUUUUGUUCUAUACAAAGAAAAUUUCAUGUUUUUGGAUUUUAUAAGCUGAUAUCGAUAACUAUCGAGAUCAUAUUUUCAUUGGCUGUCACUGGAAAGACGUCUAUUAUAAAAUAGACAGCUUCUCUAACCUCUUUUAAAAAAGAAGAUACAUAUACAACAUAAGACCUAUAUUCAGCUUGUUAUCGACAACAUUCAACAUGUUAUCGAAAUCUUUCAAUAAGUUAUCGAUAACUGUUUUUAGUACUUUAAGCGGUUAAAUGAACCUGUUUGAGUUUAGUACUAUACAGAGCAAAUGACCUGCUAUCGAAAUCAUAUCGAAAACUAUAGAGUUAAAUAUUGCUUCGGAAGUCUAUUGAAUUGUUCUGGAUGGAGCAUAAAACAGUAGUCAAUAUGAGAGUUUGUCUGACAGACUAUGUUAUCGCCUUUAAUUUUUUAUCCCAUAUCUUAGAGAUUUUUUUAUGUAUUUUCUGUUUAUCCUGAUUAAAACAAACAAUUAUACUCUAAUAUUAAUAAUAACUCAAUGAUAAUCACUGAUACCUAUAGAGAACUUUAUUUUCCGAAUAAAAGACAAAUUUCUUAGUGAAUAAGUGCAGUUUUUUCAAAAAAAUAAUACAAUAACGAAUGGAUUUUAUAAAGGAUAGUUUAAAUCAUAAUGCACAUGUUUAAUAUAGCUCAAGGUGUGAUCGCCAGAUGGCAAGCGUUUGAACAAUAGUGUCAUAAAUCAUUUAAAAUUACAAAAAUUAUAACAAGAAUGCUCCAAAAAAAUUUUUCAUUUUUUUUUGCAAUUAACUAUUCUUUGAAGUUAAGCUAAUCCGUGCAGGUUGUGUCAACAAUAUUUUGCUAUUUUUUGUUGAGGUUAGUUGCUAUGCAAUUUUAAUCUUUGUAUCUAUCUAUUUAUCGAUCGUUGGUAACUACUAUAACCUAAGAUUUGUUUUUAGAAUUAUUUGCUAAAAUGAAGAUAUCUACCCUUGAUGGGAUAAUUUUAGUUUUGCGCCAUAGUAUGUGCCGCUAAAUAGUUAUUUAAGAUUACACAAAAACAAAGCAACGCAGUUUCUUGGAUGGACACUCUAGUUCUUAGAUUUAAUACUAGACAAGAAUAUUCUAAAAUCUAAAAAGUAUUAAUAAGGUAUGAUGGUCCUAUGGACCGAUCUCCCCCCUCUCUAAAUCACUGUCUUUGUAUUGAUACAAGCGAAUUAAAAUAAUAAAAUGAUAUAGAAACUUUAGCAACAAAA